AGUACCUUCUUUGACAGAGAGGGAGUGGAGCCCGCCUUUCGUCUCUCUCGAAAUUGAAAUCCCAAACUAGAUUAUGAUCAUUCGAUUGAAAAAUAAAAACUUUCAAUUGUCUCGCUCUAAAUUUUCCCGCUCGUGUGGGGAUUCCAUGGCCUCAACCUCAUCAGCAGCGGCACGUCUGGAAGCCGAUGACGAGUGGGAGCUCUGCAACGACGACGACGGCUUCAUAUACAAGCGCAAGAAGCGACUGCGAGUCGAUGACCCAGAGCUCGUCUCAUCUGCACCGGAUCCUGAGUUAGAGAGGAGAAGCAGAAGAGGGCGUAAAAGGAGGACUCUUUUGAGACUCAAGAGGGAGUACCAGAGUGCGAUCGACCACUGGGAGAAUUUAUCGAACACCUUGCAUGCUAUGCAGGAGAAGACGCAACAUCAGAUUACUUGGCAACAAGAACAGCAAGAGAAGUAUGAAACAGCAUUGCUUUCGAAUUCCCCUCUGACAGAAGUUCAAGGGGGCAAGGAUAGUGGGGGGUCUUUAGUCGAUGAGCUCCUUUUGCAGAUAGAGGCACAGGAAGCAAUAAUCCAUGAUGUUUCAAAUCUCUGUGAUGUAGCGGAAGCGAUGUAUAAUGCCCAAGAGGAACGAUUAAAGCAGCAGUAUUUUGAUCUUCCGAUAUGGUCUUCGCUUGAAGAGCUCAUGGCAUCGCUGUGUGAUGAAAUGUAGAAGAUAGUAUAUAAAGGCUGCCAAGCGAUGCUGCACAUUUGAUAAGUUCAGUUCUACAAGAAAGAGACUGCAUUGGAGCUACCUUGGCUAGCCCAGAGCAAGGUAGUGCCUAAAGAAUGUUGGAAGCCGCCUCCAACUAAUUGGAUUGAAUGCUCAAGCUCAAUAUUGAUGCAGUUGUCUAAGUUAACAGUUCGAUAUCAGCUGCAAUUUGCAGAGAUCAUAAAAAGAAUAUAAUUGCACCAAGCUCAAGAUCGAUUCAAGUUUCUACAACUAGCCGUCUAACAAUGGAAGGAAGCUGUUGCAGCUUUCUUGCAGUUGAGGUAGCUGAAAAUCUAAAUUUUCAUAUGAUCAUUCAUCCCCACUGUCUUUUUUAACUAGUAAAGGUGGCUCUGUCCUAACUAACUCAAUUCUUCAGUCCCUAGAGUGACAAACUUCUAUCAGUAAAGGCAAGCAAGUGUGGGAAAUGGUUUUGACCAUUUCAUUACAGCGCCCCGGUCCGAACCAACCUACGGCCUUAGAGAAAAGUAGCAUGAGGCCCCUCAGGGAGGAAAGUUUG